AUUAACGUAAUAUGGUGAAAUGUCAAAAUUCAACUUUAUGUUUUGUUAUUAAAAAGUUUUAUCUUUACUUUUUUCUAAGUAAAAAAAAAAACUUUAAAUGAAGUUUAUAAAAAUUGAUAAAUAUAAAGGGAAAUACGAGUCUGAAGACCACUGGGUUAUAAGACGUGCUUUCUAAGAAAAGUGGAAAAAAUAUUUUUCUGCGGAAAGACUGAUUUGUUUUUAUCUCGAGUUUUGGUAAAUAUAACGUUCUUGGGGUUUAGUUAUCCAACACAAGUAAAGCGAGAAACGGCGUGGCUUACUACUGAGGAUCAAUUCAUUAAGAAAAUGUCAACAGUCUCAAGAGAAACAAAGCCAUUCAGCAAUUUGUCUGGUAGCAGAUUCCAUUGCAAGGGACCACUGCUGGAGAAUGGUAGUGGAAACCACAAUGGUGCCACUACCAGCAGAUGUGGAAACCUUGAGGAAUCAAACUAUGAUUUAGGAAGGAAGGUCUCAGCUCAGGCAGAUCAACUGUUGCAACCUGGCAAUAAUUCAGCAUUCUUGGACGUACAAUUCAUUAAGAAAUUACCAAGUGAGACUGUUGUUGCCAUGGGGGCUGAUGGUGUUCUAAGCCAGAGCUGGCGAUGCAAAAAAAAGAAAUUGAGUGGCUGCAAACGUCGCGAGAGGGCAAGGUUGCGGAAGGAGCAGUCAAAGGAGAAUGGUGCAGCUGAGCAAGUAAACCCGACAAGGAAGGUUGACGACAUGAAAAUUGGGAUGGUCAAUGCUAAAACUGUAGAAGGCUCUGGGUCCAGCCCGUUGAAGGCACCAUUCGUUAUAAAACUAGCCGUUAUUGCCGAAAGCUUCCCUGAACAAAUGUUGGGAGAGGAGGAGUAUUUUGCAAUCCAGGGAAUUCUAUGGAACAAACUGGAGUCAAUGCAUGAUCCUCUCCCUAAAUUCAACAUGAUGAAUGUGACAUCUGGAGCCAUUCAUAUUCAUUGUGAUGAUGAAGGUACAAAGAAUUGGCUUAAUCAAACCCUUACUGAGUCAACCGUUAAAGGUAUCAGGCUGAAACUGGUAGAUGUCAAGAAUCUUCUAAAAUCUAUCAAAAUGGCUUGGAAGUCCCGAAAUUUAGGAUGCCUGGAAGAAGAAAGAGUUUUGAAAAUGCUUCAACGCUUUCAUCCGAAACUACUAACUACUGGUUGGAAGAUAGUAAAUACCUCAGUAAGCGGUAUAUCUGUUAGACGCAUUGUGUUCAUGGACUUGGCAUCUGCUAAUUACAUAAAGAACAAUGGAUACAGGUUAUUUACUGGAGUGGAUCUCAGUCUUUUUAAACUGCUUGAUAACACUAAGAAGCUCACAGGCAAGGCUGAAGCUUCGGACUGCACAGCUUCAGUAGAGGCUGACUCGACAUCGAAGGCAGAAAAACAAAAGGCGGUGCCUACUCCAGAACUCUCAAUGAAUGGACAAGAAAUCGACUGCUAUGAAGUACCUAACUUCUGGGCGGUGCAGGAAUCGGUAGAAUCCUCUAAGAUCAUAGCUUGGAAACGUCCCGAAUUACUUGAGGAAACGUGUCCUAUCCAAGGAGAUGUAAUAGACUUGACGGAGGAUGAGAUCGAAGCGUUACGUCUGGAUGUGGUGUGGAGCGCGCGUCACAAUAGAAAUUGAUGGAAUAAGGUUUCAAUAUAUAUAUAUAUACACGACGUUCCUUUUGUACUUACAUUGAUGUAGCUCGAGAGCUACAGAUUUUUUUAUUAAAAAUAUUCUAUCAAAU